CACAGAACUUCCAUUUCAUAACCAGUCCAUCUGAAACAGUUUGAAACUCUCCUCAGAACAAAGCAGAAAUUUAUAAUUGUCUCUGAUAUCAGCCUAAGAAACAGAGAGUGAAAAAUAAAACCUUCGGCCUAAUUUCCCCCCAGAUGGAAACCAGAGCUUCCAAAUUCUCCGGGUGGCCUGGCCUGGUAGAAAGAGUCCAGGGCCAGAGCCAGGAGGCCUGAUUUCCAGGACAAACUCUGACACUGACCUGUUGUUGGUCUAGGGGUAGAAGAGGCAUGAAUACAAAUGUCAACAUAAUCUGCCCCUGGAUCACUUAGAGGAACAAGCCCAGAGUAAAGCGUGAGUCAGCAUUUUCCCCCAGCUCUGUUCUGUGGGCUGAAAAUGCUCACAGUGGACAAACAAUGACCAACAGCCUCUGGGGCAGGAGUAUGGGGAAGUGGUAGGGAGAGUGGAGGUGGAGAGAAGAGGGAGGUUAGUGGGGGGAGAGGUGUUGCUCUGUACAGAUCUCCCCCAACCAGCCUCCCUCUUUUGAACAUAAAUGGAUGCUUCUUAAGACUUUUUCUCUUGGAUGGAUUAAAUUUGCCCCUCAACUUCACCAUUUUCUUAUAUGGUCCAUUUAUGUUACUUUUUUUUCUUUAGAACCAGUGAGUCUAGGGUGGUUUAAACGUUUUCAAUCUAGCUCCUAUCCAAGUAUUAAAUAUACUUUGUAGAUUUCCAACUAAAAAAAAAAAAAAAAAAACCUAGCCUUGCAUACCUCUAAUUACAUGGGAUUCACUAAUUUUCAUUACUGGAUAGUUUCAAUUGUAAGGAAGUUAUUCAAUGUGUGAGGCUAAACUCUGGGUCCCUGAAGCUGCUAACACUGGCCUACUUCUUUGUGUUAUCCCUUCCCUUCAACAGCUUUUCAGGUAUUUGUGUCUACCCCUCUACCACCACUACGCCCCUCCACCCACCACCCUAAGUCUUCCUCUCCUCCAGGCUAAACAGGCCCAGCUCUUUCAAACACUGCUCGUUAGAUACCUUACCAUCCUGAACAACUCAAUUGUGACAUGAAAUUCCUGCCACAAAGAGUGCUGGGACUGAGAUUCAUAGUUGGAAAGAAAAAGAUGAAUGUUCUAGUUAAUAUUUCUCUGAUUGCUCUGUUUUCCAGAUGUGUCCUGAGUUUCCCAGUGUCUGUCUGCAGACAUCUAGCUCUGAUUCACUAUGGAAGCCAUAACAUGUAAUGGAUCAGACAAUGCCUCACCAGUCUUCUACCUGGUGGGCAUCCCCUCUUUGCCAGAGUCCCUCUUCCUCCCUGUCUUCUUGAUUUUCCUCUUAAUCUACCUGCUCAUCCUGGUGGGUAAUAUCCUGAUCCUGUUGGCUGUGGUGGCAGAGCCCAGCCUCCACAAGCCCAUGUACUUCUUCCUGAUCAACCUUUCAGCCCUGGACAUUCUCUCCACCACAACCACUGUCCCCAAGAUGCUGUCCCUAUUCCUGCUGGGAGACCAGAUUCUCAGCUUCCCUGCCUGCUUUCUACAGAUGUACCUCUUCCAUGGCCUCAACUGCUCAGAAGCCUUCAUCCUGGUGGUCAUGGCCUAUGACCGCUAUGUGGCUAUCUGCCGCCCACUGAACUACCAUGUCCACAUGACCCCACAGACCAACGCUGCACUAGCAGCCAGUGCCUGGCUCACUGCCCUCCUCUUGCCCAUCCCAGCAGUUGUGCAGACCUCCCAGAUGGCUUUUGGUCCUGUGGCCCACGUCUACCACUGCUUCUGUGACCACUUGGCUGUGGUCCAGUCCUCCUGUUCUGACACCACCCCCCAGGCCUUCUUGGGCUUCCGCAUUGCCAUGGUGGUGUCCUUCCUUCCACUUCUCCUGGUGCUUCUUUCCUAUGCCCACAUCCUGGCCUCAGUACUUCAUAUCAGCUCCCGAGAAGGACGCUCCAAAGCCUUUUCCAUCUGCAGCUCCCACCUUCUGGUAGUUGGCACUUACUAUUCAUCCAUUGCCAUAGCCUACAUGGCCUACAGGGCUGACCUGCCCCUCGACUUCCACAUCAUGGGCAACGUGGUGUUUGCCAUCCUUACUCCUGUUCUCAACCCUCUCAUCUACACCCUAAGGAACAAGGAUGUUAAAGCAGCUAUUACCAAAAUGGCAUGUCUCCAGGACCCACGGUGCUCUAGGGCCCUUAAUUCUUAG